AUGGACGAUGAAACCUCACCUGCGGCUGACUUCGAUUGGGCGACCCUCGAGCCGCGCCUGGCCGAGUCAUUUCGACUGCUCCGAGAACGCUUUCCGGAAGCCCCUCCCUUAUACGGCUUCUGCCGCGCGGGAUCUCUGGUUCAGUGCUACCGAGUACUCUUGCCCGACGAGAGCCUGGACGAUGACACCAAUCCGAAGGAGGAGCCGUUCUCUACCUUCGACUUGAACGUCGAAGGAGACUCCGAGCUUGUCCCCGGGGUGACGAUCAGGGUGGAGUUUUUGCCGUGGCAUUGGUAG